GCUUGUGUGUGAACCUGGUGAGGCUUUAGGACCUUGAGGUUUGCACUGCAAAGAGCAGCUCCUCCUCCCACUGAAGGCUGUUUACGAAGAAAGCUGAGCUCCUCUGACAAAAACAAGGGCUGGGACCCCAGCGAGAGGAGCAGUGUGUCUGAUGCAUUCAGCGCAGGCUCUUCCUCCAUUUUAAACAUUUUGCAUAUAUACAUAUUUCUAUUAUUUUUUUUCUCUAGAGAGAAAGCACGGGAGUGAACCAUGUUGUCGGUCAAUUCAGCCCGUCAGCUCUGCAAAAUGUUCCUCUCUUUGCACCUUGUUUUCCUGAGCGUGGCGUUUGUGCACAGCAGUGCAUCAAAUGGAAAUCAGAAAGACUGCAUGACAUCCAAUGGUGUGGAGUACAGAGGGGAAGAACAUAGCUCCUCUUCAGGUCUGACCUGUCUAAACUGGACCAACUGUACAAGAGACUAUGAUGUUAAAAUCCAUCCUGAUUCACAGACAGGUGUUGGAGAUCACAAUUACUGCCGAAACCCAGACUCCUCUGAGAGGCCUUGGUGCUACAUUGCUGGCCCGGAUGGGACGAUCCAGAGACAAUUCUGUUCCAUCGACACAUGCAAAGAGCAAACCUCUACUGUGGCAGCAAAGGCUGAAUCCCUCAUCCCAACAGAAACAACUCCCUCUACAGAGAGCUCUGCAAAGCCUGCAAAGUCCAGAGUUUCUCAGGGAGAAGUUGCUGCUGUGCAGCCAGUAAUGGGAAUCAGCCAGCGAGUACGCACAGGACCCAAAAAGAAGAAGGACCUGGGCACACUUGGCUAUGUCCUCGGCAUCCUCAUGAUGGCCAUUAUAAUCGUUCUUGGAGUAGGCAUCACACUGGGCUACUUCUAUAAGAGGGGCCAGGACCUAAAGAAACAGCAUGAGCAGCGAGUGUAUGAGCGCGAAAUGCAGAGGAUCACCCUGCCCCUGUCGGCUUUCUCCAACCCCACCUGCGAGCUAGUAGACGAGAACACCAUUGUGAUCACGGCGGAGCACGAAACGACCCCCGUCCUGGAGGAAGUGGAGGGCGGGGACCCCCUCAUGGGCCAGCAAGCGGGUACCCCCGGAGCAUGAGCGGUAGGCGUGUCAUCCUCGAACAGAGGACUUGGAUACGUUUUAGUGGACCAAAACACUCCCACAUCCAUUUCUCCUUUCCGCCUCCCGGAGUGACGUCUGUUUUUUAAAAGGAAUAGGGAAGCAGUGUUCACUCCAAAGACUUCCAACUGAAUGCUGCAUCCUUUGUGUCCCAUUCCCUUUUUGAUUUUUACACAUCUGAGUCAAAAACAACAUAAGCUGACACACAUUGGACACGGAGACAGAGGAGGACAUAUUUGACAACAACCAGAAACCUUGAAGGUGGAUCGGUUGUUUAAAAAAACAUCAAGGUCUUCAAUAUUCAUAUUUGAUAUAUUUGAUAGCCAAAUAAAUAUGGUCGUGAGCUGCCCUGUUAAAUAACAGUAUGAAAAUCUAGUCACAUGGAUGUUGACUAGUCGAGAGUGUGUGUGAUGAAACCAGUGCUUUGUAAAGAGAUGGUAUUUGGGGGAAUGUUCAUAGCCUUUUGUUUUUGUAUGUUUCUAAGUGGAGUAAAUGCUCUUCACAGGAGGCGGGGUUACGUGAUGAAAAUGUGCUUGAUUUUGACUCCCACUGGCUGUGCCGAGGGAGUGUGUGUGUGUAUAAAGGCCGCUUUGUCUCGGAGACACACUGGUGACACUUAAGUGAGUGUCCAAAAACAGCCAUCCCUUCUUGAGACAGGAUGAGGGAUUAUGAGGUGAAACAGCCCCGUUAAAAGACAAGGGAAGACCUCCGACUAAAAAAUUUGCCUUAGCAUGAUACUUCUGAAUGUAUUUCUUUAUCUUUUCCCGGAUGAUUUUUUUUGCUGUCUUUGUACUCAACUGGCGGUUGCCAAUGCGGCUACACAGCAUGACGGUCAUUGGCAGACGUGAAAUAGGACAUGCCCUUUUCUUCCACAGGUUAAGGAGUGACAGGAAAUAUACAGAGUGCUCUCAGGAAACAUGAGAGAUAGUAGUUAGUCCUCAGGACAAAGCAGCACUGCCACAACACAGAGCAGAUGGGAUCAGAGAAAGAAGCCUGAAGUCUUCCUUUGCAGAGCAGGACAGCGUGUGUGUUGAAGUGCUGCAGGAGCCUGGUGCCUAGAUUAGAGUCAGACAUUUGAGUUAUGCACUUGAUGCUUCAGGGUAGAGACAGGAAGGUAGUAGACAAGAAACAGUCCAAAGUUUUUGGUGUUGUUCAUUCAAAAAACAUGAAUGCAUGUACAUGGUUACCUACUGUAUGUUUGCAUCUUAAAUAGAACUACUCAUUGAAAAAGACAUUUAGAAAAAUAUCUACGUCAUCGUUCACAGAAGAUUUUAGUUUGCGACACCUGUUACUUGUCAAUGUGUUGCCAGUUUGUUCGUAAUCACUGCAUCACUCCAGAUGAUCUUGUUUUGUGAUUAUUGCUGGAUCCACGUCACUGGUAAUUUUUGGUUACUGCUGCUCUAUUGUUUUAAGAGUCUGUGUGCUGGCUGUAAUUAUUAUUUUCUUCAUAUAAGCAACAUGUUCAAAACACUAUUGUUUGAAUUUAGUACUUGUAUUUGUAUGAAUGGCAGAUUUUCACUGCUGAGACUGAAAUAAAACAUCAAACACAA